CGCGUCCUCCAAAGCUGUCACAGAUGGCUUAUGUGACAGCAGGGACAUACUACGAGGAAGAGAUUCUUCAAAUGGAGAUAAUCAUUUUGAAGGCUCUGCGUUGGAAGCUCUGUCCUGAAACAGCCGUCUUGUGGCUGAAUCUUUACCUCCAGAUGUUGUGGAUGAACGCCAGCUCUGACCUGCUGGAGCCACAGUUUCCACAGGACAUUUACAUACGAAUGACACGGCUUUUAGAUCUGUCUAUCCUCAGCAUGAACUCACUGGACUUCCAGAAUCGAGUGUUGGCUGCAUCAGUCCUCUGUCAUUUCCUUCAGCGGGAAGCAGUUGAAAAGGUUUCAGGUUUGUGUAAAGACGAGGUCCAGCCGUGUGUUAGCUGGAUGACUCCUUUCGUAGAAUCGGCGUCUCAGCACAGACGAGCGAGUCUGAAGGACUUUGCUCAGAUAAAAGUGGACAGACACAACAUCCAGACUUAUACGGAAUACUUGACGAUGCUAGUGAGUAUUCUCUCCAUCUUGAUAGUUUGAGAAUUGUUUCAGUGUGUUCUGUAAAAUAUGAAAUAGGCAGAGAUGUUUUCACUAUGUAGUCCGUCUCAACCUCUUUUUUGGAAGAUUUUGGACGACAUACUAUAGCAUGACUUUUUGGUGUCAUUUUGGAUGACAUACUAUAGCAUGAUUUAUUUGGGGUGAUUUUGGACCACAUACUAUAGUGUGACUUUUUUGGGUGAUUUUGGACCACAUAAUCCAGUAUGACUUUUUUGAGUGUGUGUGCGUGUGUGCGUGCGUGCGUGCGUGCGUGCGUACGUGCGUGCGCACAGGUGCAGCUCGAUCGAUAGACAGAGGCCGUGUCACUCAGUUUAAUCUUGUAAUCCAAAUAAAAUUUUCCCUCUAUCGACCUAAACAACGAUCUGGCGAUCCUCGGGGACUACUUAAUUCUUACUUUAUUAAAGGUUUUUGCCCCUAUAACUCCGCAGUUUUUAUGAUCAGUGUUUGCGCUGGGCAUAGAAAAGUACGCUUUUAUUACAUCUCAAAAUUGAUAAUUUCGUAUUAAAAGAGUGUAGAAUAUAACAGAAAUUUAUUACUGUAGCAACCAAAGUAUUCACGUUUAAGAAGCUGAAAAAUUUAGAAAACAGACAGAUUAUCAAGGUCACACGGUGGUGUAGUGGUUAGCACUCUCGCCUUGCAGCGAGAAGACCCGGGUUCGAGCCCCGGUUGGAACAAGGGCCUUUCUGCAUGGAGUUUGCAUGUUCUCCCCGUGUGUGCGUGGGUUCUCUCCGGGCUCUCCGGCUUCCUCCCACAGUCCAAAAACAUGCAGUGUGGGGAUAGGUAAAUUGAACACUCUAAAUUGACCAUAGGAGUGAGUGAGAGUGAAUGGUUGUUUGUCUCUAUCUGUGUGUGGCCCUGCGAUGGACUGGCGAACUGUCCAGGGUGUACCCCGCCUAUCGCCCGAUGUUGCUGAGAUUAGCACAGCACCCCCCGCGACCCUCUGGCGGAGGAUAAAGCGGUAGAUGAUGACUGACUGACUGACUGACAGAUUAUCAAAAUAGUUGCAGAUCUUUUGGGAAUAAUUGAUUUAAGACGACGUUGUUCCAUUUUGACUUUUGUCGGAAG